GGAACGAAGUACCAUUGAGCCGGUCGGGUCGCGUCGCCGUCUCCCAUCACGGAUACACAGUUUUUGUUUUGAAAGCAAAGCGACCACUUGAGAUUAUUAUUUUUCAAAUAUUCUAAAUUCAAAACAGCGACACUUCUCACUUAGCUAUCCAGAACCGAGGACGCAUCGAGCUCAAUUGAAUAAAUCGAAGACAGACCUCAAAUAACUGAAAAUGAGUGACGGAUAUAGAAAAGUUUACACUGAUGGAGCCUGUUCAUCCAACGGCAUGAGUGGAGCACAGGCUGGCUAUGGCGUGUACUGGGGGCCUGACCAUCCUCUCAACGUGAGUGCCCCGGUCAGUGGACGAGCUACAAACAACGCCGGCGAGAUCCAAGCCGCCACUCGAGCCAUGCAGCAGGCCCGCGAAAACGGCAUCCAGAAACUGGAGAUUGUCACCGAUUCGAAAUUCCUGAUCGACUCCGCUACUAAAUGGAUGCCAGCUUGGAAAGAAAAUAACUGGAGAAAGGCAUCUGGGGAGCCAGUGAGGAAUGAAAGCGACUUCAGGCAACUUGAUCACGCCCAGCGCAACCUCGACGUCAAGUGGAAGCAUGUGCCGUCUCACCAGGGAGUCCAUGGUAAUGAGAUGGCAGACAGGCUGGCUAAGGCUGGAGCCAAAAAGUAUUAUUAAAGCUGAAACUAUGGUUUCAGUUUUUUUUUUUUUUUGUGUAAGGAAGCAUGAUUGAAGUCUUGUCUUUCAUCUAAUUUGUUUGAAUUGUUUGUUUUUCUUUUAUUACUUAGUUUUAAGAUGUUUAUUUUGAUUAUUUACUUUUGUGUAAACCCCCUUUGAUUGAUUUAUGAGGGAUAUCAUUUAUGAGUAGGUACUGUGUGGUAAUUUAAAAAGACUUGUGUACCUAAACAAUGGGGUUGAACACUCAAAAUGGUGCUAGCAUAGCUGGUUCCCAUAACAUUGAUAUUAUUUGUGUGUGUUAACUCUUAAUUUUUUUUUUCAAGACAUCUUUAUUUUUUAUAAUAGUCAUAUAAACUAAUAACAAAUAUUGCCAGAUUAGGUUGAAAGCUACAAGGGAUUUUUUUUUCUUUUUAUUCAUCAGUUCUGUUAUAUUAUUUGUCAGUUAAAGUCAAAGUCAAAAGUCAAAGCAUUUAUUUCAAUUAAUCCUAAAUAAGGCACUUUUGAAACGUCAAAUUGAAUUGUCCGUCAGUCUGUCUGUCAGUGAAGCUAGGCGCUGAAUAGGUACUGUUAUUAUACUUUUAGGAACCAGCUAUACUAGCGCCAUCUGGGUUUAGCUUACAUCAGCCAACCCCUAUUAUUUUUAAACUACCUAUUUUGGUAUUUGUAAGAGCUACCAAUUUCUUUAUGAAAGUCAGAAAUUGCAAUGGAUCUGAUGUUUAACAUUUAAAAGCACUUAUGUGCUUCAAUAUAUUUUUGUUAUUAAGAAGUGUUUGUCAAGCAGUUCAUAUUGUAGUUCUAAGUAUAAUGACUAGGUAUGUUAGCAUAAGAAACUUAAAUACAUUUUUUUCAUUAUUAUUAAA